GGGCUACGGAUUGGUCAGGGGAAAGCUCGAGCCAUAGAGGAAAAGCAAGACAUGCGAACAAGGAGUGAAAUUCAAGAAUGGGGGAGGUGGAUGGAGAUGAAGCUGAAGCUGAAGAGAUGUCGACAGGAACGAACGAUAUGCGGCGGGGUUUUCGGAGAUGCUUUAUUUCUGAUCCCGUUCCGAAGUCUGCUCUCUCCACAACAACUCAUUGUUUCUGUACAGAUUUCCCACCCACGCCAGGCAUGGAGGAUUCCUUUGGAUUCUGUGAGUGCUUUGUAUAAUACUUCCGUCCUAUCCUGAAUUCCUCUGCCUCUUUAGUGCCGGUUCACCAUGCCCAAGACCAACCGAUGGUCGACUCUCGCGCAGUUCCCCAUCACCAAGACGCUGUACAAAUGUCUUCCCAGGGCCAGGAAUGCGAAGUUGGCGAAUAAACCCAAUAUUGUCAGCGAUAAAUUAUGCGAUGACGUCCUACAGCGCCUCUCACCGUUCCUCCUUCGAAACCGCCCUGUAGAUAUCCUAGAUCUGUGGCCUGGAGCUGGGCUAUUUUCGUCCAAGGUCAAUGAUUUCCUGCAGCCGCGACGGCAUGUCCUGAUUGAACCCGACCUCAGCUUCUUCAAACCACUCCUCGAGCCGCUGGCGGAGAGUCGCCCGUGUUACAAGCUGCUCUCGACCGACAUCAGUUCCAUCCAUGACUGGCAAACCGUGCUUUCUGAACACUUCCCGGAACAAGGCCCAGGAAACAGUGAUAGCAGUGGUGGGGUUCUGCCCAAGAACGACACCCUGCUUGUCCUAGCUCACCCACCUCCAACAAGUUCCAGCAAAGACCAUUUCACAGGAGCACGAUGGUGGUCAGUAUUCAUGGAGGCGUGUAUGCGACAGGUCGGUCUGCAUUCCUACGGGAGUGUGAGAUUACUCGCGUCUAUGCCAAUGUCAGACUCACAGGCAAUUCUUGCGCGCACAAUUGGGGAGCGGAGGCGGCCAGCUUUGUUGACUGAGCAGGUUGCGCUCCAUGCCUUCGAGGUGGCCGCGCCAAAAGAUCAAAUGGUGGGACUGUGGGCCUUCUGGAAGCAAUGGGAUAUGGUUGUGAAUGGUGCAGCGCGGGUCGCCGAGAGGACUGCUGAGCAUGGGGUCACCAUUCCUCCUGGCAGAGAAUACCCACCGAUUGAACGCGCCCCGGAGAGCCCUCAGCCCGGUCGAAAGCCAACGCCUUAUGCUCCCCGUGCAAAGACCCCUCAGAAUGAUGGAUACGUUGCAGCGUUUGAGGCGGCCGAUCAAAUGAAUUCAGACUCGCCAGACUACGCAAAGGCCAAGUCGAAACGGUCGCGCGCAUGCACGCAAUUAAACCAGGAGAAUCGCCAGGUCUAUAUUCGCAAUAUCCUCGCCGACAAACAGGCAGAGAUCGACGAGCUCAACAAAUCCAUCUCACGAUUAGCCGCAGACCCCGAAACCAAGGCUGCCACGGUAGACACCAUCGUGAAACAAAUCGAAACCGUCCAGGCAGAGUUCAACAACGAACUAUCGCAGCACCACUUCGACAUAACCCGGUCUCUACCGGGCCUCACCGACGACAAACGCGCCGCAUUCCACUCCGGAACUUUCGACAACGCCCUUCUCCUAUGGGACCGUCGGCCCUUUGAACCCCUCCUCAUCCACCCGGAAGAGCUCUACCCCCGCGACAUCGACCGCACCCUCAUCUACUUCGAAGCGGACUCCAACGCCCCCGCAAUGGAACGGCUCAGCCGCCUCGAUCCAUCCCAACGAGACCUCGCCUUCCGCCUCUUCGAAGCCUUCUCCCUCACCCUCUCCAGCCAAAGCACUCUUACAGUCGCCAAGCUAAUCGAGUUGAUCUUCCCCACCCGCUCCAUAAACGACAUCCUCAAGUCCGUGCCCAGCCUCGCGCAAUACGCCUCCAAAAGACCUAGGCCGGAUUUCGACAGUCUCUCAAAACCCCUACACUCUAAUGCCGAUGGCUCUCCUUCUCCUUCUCCUUCUUCUUCUUCUUCUUCUUCUCCUUCUCCUUCUCCUUCUUCUUCUUCUUCUUCUUCUCCUCCUCCACAACAGGGACAACCCCACACCCCCAACCCUAUCCUCAGCUACCAAGAGAAUCUCGAAUACGACCUGAGCGGCGUGCACAUCCGCACCCUAUCCCCCGCCACCCUCUGGGACUUGUGUCUGGAGUACCAACGGAGGGGCUCCGACCAGUCUGCCAUCCAGCUGAACCGCCUUCUCGGCGGGACUUUGACUUCGUCGCGUUCGCGCGAGUUCCUGGACGGUUCGAAGAAACGACUUCAUUAAGCGGGCUGGGCUUGGUGGGGGGGGGUUUGCUGGUCCUCUUGUUAUGUCUUGGAUCCCCUGUUGUAUAUCUUCAUCUCUAAUGGGUUUAUUUUCUUUUAUGGUUUUCCUUGCUUUUUCUUUGCUUUGCUUUGCUUUGCUUUGCUUUGCUUUGCUUUGGGUAUGAUUAGGUGGUGGUGGUGUACUCCGUAGUGUAUUCUAUAUUGAUAUGUACUACUAAAAGUAGUACAGUUGUGGCGAUUAGAAGUUUUAGACUAUACACAAUAUACAAUAUACAAUAUACAAAUAUAGAUAGAU